CGCCGCCGUUAGAUCAGUCCCAGAAUCUGUAUAACAUGUCCGCCUGGCGUGAGAACGGUAUCACAACUCUCAGGUUCUUUAGGAAGAGGAUUACCGGCGACAACAAAGACUUCCAGUUCACAGACACCAACUGUCCUUAUCUUAUAUUCCCAGUCAUGGGAGGAGUUUUCAAUGCCGUGAAUAAAAGAAUCAGAAAACACGAAACAACUCCUAUUAUAUCCGACAGAAAAGUCUGCAUUAGUAGUUGUAAGACAACCACUACUGUCACGACAGCACCGGUCGUAACCACUGCCAAACCAGACACCGAACAGCCCAUCAAAGUUAUCGACAAGAGUAGGCCUAAAGACACGGACACAUCGGUUUUGGUGCCGACGACUCCGAUAUCUUUGUCAACGCAAACGCCCAACGAUUUAAACAUCAAAGAAAAAGAAGAUAUAAAUGAUGUUUCGUUUAGAAUUGAACUCAAGUUUCCCGGAAUGUGGAAACAGAGUUUGAGUAAUAAAUAUUCCGAUAACUAUAAGACUCUUGUGUCUAAUAUUAAACAACAAAUGCACAGCGAAUUGUCUAAAAAGUAUCCGACAUUUUCUAAAUUGGAUGUGAAAGAAGUGUCCGGACACGACACCGAUGUGAACGAUGCCAUCGCUUCCAUCGAUUUAGACGUUCAGCCAAACAAUAAUCAAAAUGAAAACACAAAAACCCAUUCUAUAUUGUCUACGGUUUUAAAUGCCAUUAUAAGCGAUGAGAUGUUAGGAGACUUACGAGUCGAUCCUAAAUAUUUAAUUAUUGAUAAUAAAGACUACGCGGACGUCAGCGCCAGAAGUGGUUACAGUUAUGAUAAUUACGGGGCGUCUGACGAAACGGACACUCCAUUGAAUAUAAACGGACAAAGUCUGGGGAGGAGUGAGAAGAUGACAAACGGACAGAACAAACAGUUUUACAAAAACAUAUCUGAAAAGAUGCCCCAAAAGUACAUAAGUGCCACAUUGGAGAGACAACCCGUGCGCUCUCAACGCGAGCUGACGGCCAGCGCUUACGCCACACACGACCGCAAAGAGGCCUACAAUCGACACUUCAAUCAGCCGUCAUUCUCGCCAUCACUUCAGCCCGACUUCUACUUUAUGCCACACCAGAGACGAUACUCUGGAGAAGUGGUCCGAGUGUUUGUCGACUAUAAUAAUCCUCAAUUCACCCCCAAAUAG